AUGCAUUAAAAUAAUGCUGAUCUAAUUCGACCAGGAUGCAGAGGAGGACAUGAUCAAUUCAACUGGGAGUCGCUUAGAACAAUGAAGUAUCAUGAUAGGGAACAAUAUUUGGGACAAACAACAAUAAUUGGUUAUUUGGAUAAGGGAGGCAAAUGGAGAAAGAAGGAUUGGUAUAUUAAGCCUGAAGAUCGUAAUGGUUUGGAAUCUAAUUAAUUGGAUGAUGAAUUUAAAAGAGCCAAGGAAGAGGAUGAAAGAAGAAUUAGAAUAGCUUUGGGAAUCGAAUAACCAGACGAAUAAAAAUCAAUGCAAGUCAAAUUGACCAAAGAGGAAAUGGCUUAGUUAACCAAAAAAUCAAAAAUAGAUUUCGAUGAUGAAUUGAAUAAUGAAAAGAAAGGAUUAGGAAAUGGACCUAUGAAAAAGUAGACUAAGAAUACAGAAGCGUAAUAUUUAUUAGAAGCUUAUGGAGAUUAAGACAAAUACUAAGUUUAAGUGAAGAAGGAAGAAGAUGGAUGCAUUGAGAAGAAGAUCAAGAAAGAGAAAAAGAAGAAAGAAAAAAAAGAGAAGAAGAGCAAGGAGAGUAAAAAUAAGGAAGAAAAAAAACAUAAGAAACAUAAGGAUAAUGAUGAAAAAAAAGAGAGGAAAUAAAAAAAAUGA